UAGAGGGGGAGAGAGAGAGAGAGACAGAGAGGGGGAAGCUGGUAGACAGAGAAGCCCAGAGGCUGUGGACUAGUGGACCACGUUUAUUUUUUAUGUCAGUCCCAUGUUGACCCAAAGAAGGAGCGACCUUACAGAUCACAGUCUCCACCCUCAGAACCCCUCCCACGUGGACCCCGUCACAGCCCAUCCAGGCGUCACCCUGGAGACCAGCUGCUCCCCUGAGGGGCCAGCGGAGGGAGAGUGCUGUAGGAGCUGCACCCCUCCGUCUGCACCCCCUCCUCGGCCCCCUAUGCCUACCAUGGGAGUGACCACCUUGGAAGGCGUGGAGGUCUGCCAGGAUGGGGAGGACUUCUGCCUGACCACAGAAGGAGGGAUGGAGGCGCUUGGUGCCCAGGAGUCAUCGAUGGGCGAGAUGUCACCGCAGAGGAAUAAUGAGAACAGGUUACCUUUCCAGAUCUUCCCAGAACCAGUGGAGGUGUCUCUGAGUCCAGAAGGCUCUCCCAAUCACCUGCAGCAGUUCAGUCCCUCAGAGAAGGAGCGGCUUCCCUCCAUCAUGGUGGAGCCCACGGACAUGAGCGAAGUGGAGAGUGGCGAGUUACGGUGGCCCCCGGAAGACAUGGAAUUAUGUUCUGAGGAGGAUGAUCUGUUCCUGGAGCAGUGUAUCCCCCCAGCCAACAUUGCAGACUGGGGAGAGGAGGAGGAAGAGAAGUCUGUUGUCAUCAACCACCAACAGAACACAUCACUCAUUGACCUCCAGUCAGAUGCGUUCAGGGAUGAAACACCUAUUCUACCACCUAGCAGCUCACCUGCCCUGAACUGAGUCACCAACCUCAACCCCUGCUAUCUUCCCGAGGAAACCACUCACAGACCAUGGGUCACAGGUCAAUAGGAAACAGAUUCCUGGACAGAAUGGUACCACAGUUCAAAUAUUGUCCAACAAUGAAAGGAGAUAACUUAUUUACAUAACGUUGAAGAUUAAGUUAGGCAGUAGUGUAAUGUUCUAUGCAAAAUGUCAUAAAUAAAACCAAGGACAGCUCUGAGAGAGAAGGGUUAUCUGAAGGAGUUAUGUGAAGAAGAAUAUCUAACACUAUCUAUCAAGAGUGCUUAUUUUAAGAAAAGUACUAACACUCAUCUGUGGAAAGAAGGAAAUAACACUUUGCUGACAUUUGUCAUUUUUUCAUGAAGUCAUUACUUCAUUUAUUAUUUUCCCCUAUUUCCAAGGGCCCAACAGUGGUUUUGGAGUACAUUGUAGUCCAUACUAGAGUUCGUAAUUGUAUAAUGUAUACAUAUGUUUAUUGCAUUGUUUAAAUUAUAGGAAUGCCAAGG